GCAUCUCCGGCGUUUCCUACUCCGGCCCUAAUUGGUCUGUAUCCGCCGCGUCUCGGUCCGUCACCGGCCCUAUAAGUGACAUCCGUGUCGUGCAUCUCUUGACUAUGGCGGACGUGUGACAGCCCAGAAAACACAAGACUGUGCAAAGGGGGCUGUAAUUAGAUAUUAAGUGGCCGAUAGUAGGUCAAUUGUGGCAUCGGUAUGAACAUCUGGCUACUGGCGGCUGCGUUUGUUCUCACCGCCGCUUCCGAAGCGUCUAAAAAAGGCGACGAUGAAGACUGGGUCAAUCUGCCUAACAAAUGCGAAGUAUGUAAAUUCUUGAGUAUAGAAAUGAAGUCUGCGUUUGAGGAAACGGGCAAAACCAAAGAAGUCAUCGACAGGAAUUACCGGUUUUUGGACGAAAAGGGUGCCCCGCCAAUAAAAUACGUCAAAUCGGAUAUUCGCUUUAUUGAGGUGAUGGAAACUGUGUGUCAAAGAUUACAGCAAUACAACGUCCACAAGGAGCGACCAGGCAGCAACCGCUUUGCAAAGGGUAUGUCGGAAACUUUCAGCACUUUGCAUAAUCUGGUCCACAAGGGGGUGAAAGUGGUGAUGGACAUACCUUAUGAACUCUGGAAUGAGACCUCUGCUGAGGUUUCUGACCUGAAGAAGCAGUGUGAUGUGAUGGUGGAACAGUAUGAAGAUGUCAUUGAGGACUGGUACAGAGGCCUCCAGGAGGAGGACCUUACGAGCUACCUGUGUGAAAAACACGUCCUCAGAGGGCAGGAUGCAGCUUGUUUGAGCGAGACAUGGGGCAGGAAAAAAUCAAUCAACGAAGAGCCAAAGAAAAAGAAGAUUGCAAAAAAGAGUAAGGAGGGGGCCAGAGGGGGGCAGGCGAGUCAGAGCAAACCACGAAAAAAGAGCAAGAAGAGGAGUGCACAGCCCAGCGAGGCGGGGGGGCGGAGCCAGAGUGACGAAGGCCUCGUCCUGGACGACGACGUUCCAAAGAAAGCCACCUUGCGUGGAGAGAAGACUGAACUGUAGCUAGCGGGACCUGUCCCACUGCUCCUGCCCACCAUGCAUCUCCUCCGCUCCAUUAGCUGCUCCUCAUCCCGCCGUGACCUCCGCCUCCUUCCCGGCUCCCAGCGCGGCUGUCCGCUCCUCAUCCCGCCGUGACCUCCGCCUCCUUCCCGGCUCCCAGCGCGGCUGUCCGCUCCUCAUCCCGCCGUGACCUCCGCCUCCUUCCCGGCUCGCAGUGCGGCUGUCUGCCCUCUCUGCUCCCUGACGUCUUUAUUUCCUUCCCUCCCAUCCUCGUUUUCCGGACGGGGGGGCACAUGGAGCCUUGAUCCCCGGGAUGAGGCGCUCUCGCUCGAGUGACCCAGAGCAAGCUGCUCCGGGAGAUUUUGUCAGGCCAUCCAUUAGAUGCCUUCACCUGUCCUUCACUCCUCUUUAAAGCUUAGCAGGAAGUGAGAAUUGCACACAUUUUCCCAUUUGUUUCAGAAAUGGUCUUGAUGGUUUUUGUAUUCCAACACCCCGUCUGUAUACUCAGCAACCAGGCCCAUGGAAUAAUCUAAAUCUUUAUCAUUUAAAUCUUUAAAAACAUGAGCUACACAUAAAAAUACCUGUAGACCCUUAAGUAAAUAUGGUAGCAGUGUAGCUCAUUUCCCCCUAUACACAGGGGUGGGGUUUUUGUUUGUUUCUGGCCCCCCACUGACAGUCACUUCACCCCUGCCCUCCCUAGUGUAGUAACUGUUUUUGGCCAGUGGGGGGGGGGGCUUAAAAAAACCUCAGAAACUGCACACAAAUUUGUGGUUUGAAUGGAGGUAAACACUGCUGCGGGGGGGGGGGGGUCUUCAAACACCAAGCCCUGCCCUGUGACUUGCUGGUUUACUUCCCAGAUCGAUGGGCUCUGUCUGAAGCGCUCAGUAUCAGGGAGUCCGCACAGAGACUCGAGGAGCCCUGCUUAGUCACCAGGCCUUCACUGCUCACCAAUGUGCGUUUAUUUCUGCAGGACCACCAAUCAUUCUAAUCAUCAUCUAAUAAGACCAAAGUGUCUACAAGACUCAGCUGAUCUGAGAAAAGCUGUCAUUUCAGUGCUGUAUUCGCCAAAACAUGCUUUGACUGAUAGUUUAUUAUUUGUAUGAAUUUGGUUAGUGAUUUUAUGCAGUUUGUUGCCGUUGUACAUGCCCUUGACUUAUGGAAUACAAAUCCUUCAUUUCCUACGAUGCUCUAUGCUUAUAUUCUGCCUAAUGCAGUGAGAAUUAUGACAGCCGAUUCAGUAUUAAUGUCCUUGAAAUUGUUUGGUUUAAUUUUGUCGUGGUCUAACAGGACGAUGUCAUCAGUGACUUUGUUAACUCAGCUGCUGUAGUGAUAGAAAAAUCAGAUUUUUUUUGUUGUUGUUUUAAAUCUGGUUACUUUGGCGUUAAAUGCUGCCACAUGAUGGCGAAUCAUAAGCUGAAAGUCAACUUUAAGGUGUUACUUUUUGGAAAUGUGUGGUGAUCAUUUUUAAGUUUCACCAUAAUGCCUGACCUGAUAAACCACUCUGGAUCAGCGCCGAGUGAAUGUGUCUAAACUAGAGGAUCAUUUUUGAAGUAACUUAAUAUCAGACAUCCUCCUGUAAAAGGGGACUGAAUUAUGCCACACGGGUGGAUUCAUUCUGCCAUGUUUGUGUGACUCUGUGAGUUACACAGGUACUUAUUAAUUCCCCGGUUGUUAAUAAGAUGAUUUCUAAAUAAGAGGCAUUACUGUGGUAAUGCAUAACAAAAGAGAUGUGUGACUACAUUAACUAAUCAGAAUGUUCAGCAUGUUACUAUUUUACUAACUUAUGUUACUGAGUGUUUCUUUAAGUGAUUGAAAUAAGUGCAAGAAUAAACAUUUCAUUACCA